UGUGGUAGAUCUAGUGGUAAUACGUGUGGUAAUGAGUAUAAAGUGGGACUGCUAUUCAUUCUAACAUACAUAUACGUACGUCUACAUAAGCAACCACAGUAGAGUAUACGUAGAUGUCCAGAAAAAUUUACCUGCAUGCAUAAAUCAUCCUUGGUUUCAUUUAAGUUGCUAUUCCGUUUGCAUCUAUUGACUGAGUUAGUACUAACCCCCCCCCCACACACACAUACGCACCACAGUUAUCAGAGCUACAACCAUUAAUUGUUGUCUCCCUUAAUAUUUAUUGUAUAUUGGGUCUUUACCGUCUGUUUGGGCUCAUGCAGAGUGAUUGUUGCUUAUCCAUUCUGAAACCCUUACCAAUUCUACCCACCCUAGUACAUAUUGGUUGAAUGAUGCUUACCAUUAUUUUAAGUAUUGUCUAUAUCAUGUUUAUUGAUAUUUACGGCACUUUGAUAGAGAAGUUUUCCUUUUGUUCGGAGGUUAUAUAUAGUUUAAGUAGGGAUGGAAGCACUGCAUGUCCUUGUUAUUACCAGUGUCGAUCCCUUUUCUUUGAAGGUUCCUUGUUUAUUUUUCCACUGUAUUUCACUAUGUAUCUCUCCCUCCCCCUCAGGUACUAUGUGGCUGAGGAUGUGAGGCUCUACUCUCAGGAUACCUGGAGGGUGGUCACACAGACCAGGGGAGUGCAGCUGGUCAAGCAGUACAUCCACAAAGUGAGCCAGGUGGUCAACCAUGCAGUGAGAGAGACAGCCUGCAUCUGUACUGCAGAGCUGGGCACUAAGGUGAACAAGGAUUGUCUGAAACCGUACGAGAGACGACUGUUUCAUUUUCCUGCUUGGAGAAAUGAGUGGUGUGAGUGGGUGUGUCCUCCCUCCUCCCCCUCAUUACUGUACUCCACCCUCAAGCAGUGACAAUGCCUGGUGCAGUCUGCUGAUCGAAGUGGACUGUCUCACUUCACUAUAUGUCAUCUGCUUGGGAGAAUUAUCCUCAGAGGGAGAAUAGAACAACACGAUGCAAUUUGCCAGUGUUUGCCAAGUUACUGGGUGUGAGAGUGUUAAGAGACACCUCGAGCUGUUCCUGGACUCCUAUGGACUGAGCAGUCCUUGAUGCAGUCUGCUGGUGUGGACUGUCUCACUUCACUCUGUCAGCUGCUGGGAAGAAUGAUCUUCAGAGGGAGAAUAGAACAACAAAUCCAACGUGAACAAGGAUUGUCAGAGACUGUAUACAUGGGACGAACGAUUGUGGCUGCAUGGCAUGGAUGAACUGUUCUCAUUUUGCUAACCUUGAGGACAGCAUACCCUCAGUUAGACAAGGGGCAGCUGCUGCUCUCACCAGCGUCACCAAGGCUUAUAUGAAAGAGAAUUGGCUAAAAGGGGAAAAACUCUUCAGUCUGAUGCAACUGAUGUUUGGGAGGUGAUUGUAAGCUGCUGCUAGGCAAUCAAUAUAUUGCACAUUGAGUGCUUGAAGCUUCCUGAACAUCUGUCUGAAAGAUUGUGUUUACCUUAAGCUCCUCUGAUAUUAAUCCUGGAACGGCUGUAUUUGUGGAGAUUCAUCAUAUCCAUUAUGAUCCAGCCCACAUAGACUAGCAGAUGUACUCUUGUGGUUCACUGGUCCCCAGCAUGAGGAGAGGAUGAUGUAUGGACUAGCUCACACUAUCACAAGCCAGGAGAGCCAUGGAGAAGAGUGAGGUUGCCAAGUUACUGGAGCAGUGACAAUGCCUGGUGCAGUCUGCUGGAGUGGACUGUCUCACCUCACUCUGUCAGCUGCUGGGGAGAAAUGAUCCUCAGAAAAUAGAACAACACAAUCAAUGAAUCUGGAAAAGUCUGACAGAACAGUAUACAAUAAUUAUGUAACUUGUUUUUUUCCUGCAAUAUAAUUAUGUGUACGUUUACUCUUUGCCAGUUCAUCAGUUUAAAUAUAAUUAUGAACAGAUGCAGCUAUAUUGUUUGCAUUGUUCUCAAUUAUACAUAUCCGA